UUGACGGGCCGGGCGACACGGGGCUACAUCGCUUGGGACCUUUCGGACCGCAGACUGGUGUUUCUGAAGGACUGCUGGCGAGUAAAGUCGCUAGCGAAGGAGGGCGAUACGAUAGGCAAGUUGAACGAGACCGGUAUUCAAUUUGUGCCUACUGUGCUCUACCACGGGGACGUUGCGGGACAGGCCACCGUCUCUCCGGAUUAUUGGCGAGACCGACCACUCGCGGUGAAUAAGAUGAAGUCGCACGUCCAUUAUCGUCUCGUCGUAAAAGAAAUUGGAUGCGAUCUUGAGAGUUUCACGAACUCUAGGGAGUUAGUGAAGGUAAUUUUUGAAUGCAUAUAUGGU